UCACAAACAAAAUGUGAAGUAUAAGGACGCCGUUUUUAUAUGGGAUGGCGCCGUUUUAUAUGGAAGAGGAAACCAAAAGAAACCAAAAGGAAAAAAUCCAUCCCCUCCCCCACUGGAUCAGGGAAGCUCGCCUUCCCACUUCUCCUCCCUUCUCCAUCCCCUGAUCUCAGUGGGCAGCUUUAUCCUAUUCUCCACCUUCACGCCCUCCUCUGCAACUCAUGGAAGCCUCUGCAAAUGAACGCCUUGGCUUCGGGAAGAUGGGCUACGGGUGCAAGCAUUAUAGGAGGAGGUGCAAGAUUCGAGCUCCAUGCUGCAACGACAUCUUCUUCUGUCGCCAUUGCCAUAACGAGGCUGCUAACAUGUUGAGCAAGAUCUAUGAUCGGCACGAGCUCGAUCGCCAUGAUGUGAAACAAGUCGUUUGUGCAGUGUGUGACACGGAGCAACCGGUUGCACAAGUUUGCACCAACUGCGGCGUGAACAUGGGGGAAUACUUCUGCGAGAUCUGCAAAUUCUUCGACGAUGAUACUGAGAAAGGUCAGUUUCACUGUGAUGAUUGUGGGAUAUGCCGAGUUGGAGGUCGUGAGAAUUUCUUCCAUUGCAAGAAGUGUGGUUCUUGCUAUUCGAUUGGUCUAAGGAACAAUCAUUCUUGUGUGGAGAAUUCCAUGCGUCAUCACUGCCCCAUUUGUUAUGAGUAUCUCUUUGAUUCCAUGAAAGACACGAUUGUGAUGAAGUGUGGGCACACAAUGCACUGCGAUUGUUACAAUGAGAUGCUCAAGCGCGACAAAUACUGCUGCCCAAUUUGUUCCAAGUCCGUGAUCGACAUGUCAAGAACUUGGAAGAGAAUGGAUGAGGAGAUAGAAGCGACUGUCAUGCCCGAGGAUUACCGUGACAGGAAGGUGUGGAUCCUGUGCAACGACUGUAACGACACAACCGAGGUUUACUUUCACAUUAUUGGCCAGAAAUGCAGCCACUGCAAGUCCUACAAUACUCGAUCGAUCGCCCCUCCUGUUCUUCCCCAAUGACCCGAUCCCUGAUCCAUGGAAACUUUAUUAUUCUCAUUCCCCAUCGGAAUUAUUGCUUCCAGAAACUGGUUCUGUGCCAUUGGACUUUCUUUCUAUUGGGUAUAAAAAAGAACAAAAAGAAAAAAAAAAAAGAAUGAUGUGUGAAACUGAAAAAUGAGCCUGAGAAACUUUCUUCAGGCAAUUCAUCUCCACAUUGAUUGUGGAGUUUCAAAGAAAACCAAUAGUUGUUUGAUUCUCAGGGAUUUUGUAAAACAAUACAUAUGUUAUAGUCUAGUGAAAAGCAAAAGACUAUAUAGUCUCUGUACUUUGCAACUUAUGUGAACCAUUUGGUCGGUUUGGUCA